UUUCUGUUGCCGCUGGGAUCCUAGGAAUUUGGAGAAGUUACAUAGAAAGGGUUGAUUGACUUUUGCUUCUCUGUGAGGACUUCUUGUGGUUUUGUUAUGGCAUCUGUAGCUAUGAAUCAUUCCACUGAAGGACACCCAAAUGAUGGUUUGAAUUUAUUGCACUUUCAGUUUGUGAAUAUAUAUCAUUUGUUUGUGGCAUAUUGGGCUAUAAUGCAAUUACAAGGAUUUUAUAUGUAAUGGGUAUUGAAUGGUUGGAAGAUAGGAAUGCGUAAACAUCUAUUGAUUAAUUGACAUCUCCCCUGUAUUUGUGAUGAUUAGUUGAUCCGUUGAUGUUGAAACAACUGUAAUUAUUUCCUUUGGCCUUUUAAUGUACUCUGAGGAAAUGAAUUCAACUACAGAUUUGCUUUGGUUACAAGACUGAAAAUAUGACAAAGCAGGCUCAAUUGAUUAGUCUAAAAAGGGGUUGCAAUGAUGCUCUAUAUAAGCAACUAUGGCAUGCUUGUGCUGGACCUCUAGUCUCCCUUCCUUUUGUAGGGGAACAAGUUUACUAUUUUCCACAAGGUCACAUAGAACAUGAGCUUGGAGCUCUGGUGCAUCAGGAGUUAGAACAGCAAAUGCCCCCAUCUGAUCUUCCAUCUAAAAUUCUUUGUAAAGUGAUCAAAGUUGAUCUUCAGGCUGACCCUAAAACAGACCAAGUAUGUGCAUAUAUAUCACUGCUUCCUGAGCCUGAUCAAAGAGAGGUUCCUGGUCCCAAUCCUGAAAUCCUGAAACCUGCAGGAAGAUGCAUGGUCCAUUCAUUUCAAAAAACACUUACUGCUUCAGAUGUAAGCAAGCAUGGUACUUUAUUUAUUUAUCAAAAGCAUGCAGAGCAAUGUCUACCACCAUUGGAUAUGUCGCAAGAGCCACCUUUUCAACAAUUGGUUGCAAAAGAUCUGCAUGGAAAACAGUGGCAUUUCCAACAUAUUUACAGGGGUAAUCCUAAGCGUCACUUACUCACAAGUGGGUGGGGUGAGUUUGUUGGUUCAAAAAAGCUAGCAAAAGCAACACGCAGUGUAUUAAUAUUCUUAAGGGGAGAAAAUGGAGAGAUUCGGAUUGGAGUAAGGAAGCUUAUGGGUCAAGAGACAGAUGUUGUUAAACAUGGGGAAAGCAUAUGUUCUGGGAUUCUUUCUAAUGCCUACCAUGCCAUUGUGACUGGAAAUCACUUUUAUGUCAUCUACAAACCUAGAACAAGUACCUUGAAGAUCAUUUUUAAUAUCAUUUUCAGAACAAUUGGGUCUGAGUUCAUUGUGAGUGUCAACAAGUACCGUGAAGCUCAGAAGCGCAGCAUAUUUAAUGGGAUGAGGUUUAUGAUGAAAUUUGAGGGUGAGGACGGUUGUGAAAAGAGCUUCAAUGGUAGAAUUGUUCAUUUUCAAGAUAAUAUAUCAUCAAGAUGGCCAGAUUCUGAGUGGCGAUCCAUAAAGGUUCAAUGGGAUGAACCUUGUCCACCCUUCCUUCCAGAAAGAGUGUCACCAUGGGAAUUGGAACUGUCUUCCCAACCUAAGCAAAGGAACAAGAGGGCACAAGUUGGCUCUAUUGGGGAUACUUCUCAACUAAAACGUUCUAAAGGUAAGGGGAAAUUUAAGGAGAUGUGUUCCACUAUUUAUGAAAGGGAGUGUGGCAAUGAAAUUCAAGGAAAUUUCAUUGCUCAGAGCACUAGAACUCACAUCAGUAAGGGAGAUCGAACCGAGAAUGAACGUGAGACUGACGUGAGCAUUUGUGGCACUAAUGAAGGAGAUGGUAUGGUUCAUGGCAAUGUCAUUCCACAAGAAAAGAGUGGUCCAACAGAAAAAAAUGAUCACAGAGAUGGUAUUGAUGCCAUAGACGAUGGAACUAAUGUCACAAGCAAUGAUACCUGUGGUAAUAUUCAGUGUCAAGAUAGCAUUUUGGAAAAUUUUGCCCCUAUAACUCCUCCUUUAGUUGAAUAUCCAACUCUUCCUGAGAUUCAUACUCCUCCUGAUGUUUUGUCCAGUAACCAUCCUGUUUUUCCCACAUCUCAAGGAGAGAGAGUUGAAAAUUCUUGUCCAUACUCUGUAGAUGAUUUUUUUGGAGAUUUUUAUGGUUUUCAAAUACUAGGAGCUCAUGUCUCUGACCUUGAGCAGAUUUGUAGCAUUGAGGGAAAAUUUUGGGAGAACGCCAGGUUUCAAAGAGCAAAUCUAAUAACAGCAGUGCUAGAUGAACUUGGUUUGGCAUUGUCCUUGAAGGAUAAAACUUGGAAGUCAAUGAGUCCUGAUGAGUUACAGACCAUAAUACAAAGCAUUGAGGAUGCUUUGAAUGCUGGAUUUAAGUUGGAUUGCCUAAAGCCGGUGUUACAGAAGGCCAAGGCAGUGUUGGGCUCUUUCGACACUUGUUCCCAGAUCGAGGCAUUGGAGAAGGAAAAAAGUUUUCUUGAAACCCGAAUUCAGAAUGUAACUUGUCAGUUACAAACUCUUGGUAUAGAGCUUAGAUCUAAUACAGAAGGACUUGACUUUGAAUCUAAAUGUUUAGCUCAUAUCUUUGAUUGAUGUCUAUGAAGAGUUCAGCUUUAGCCUACGCAUACAGGGAAUUUUGCUGGGAGUGGAAUGGCAAAUAGCAUCAUGAAACUAUUUGGUUGGUUAUUGACACCCAUGGGAUGAUGCUGACUGCACACUGAUUGAGUCAUACCAAGGCUCUAUAGGGGCAGCUUGCCAGUUAAGCCGGUUGGAUUUUACAGAGACUGGUUUAUGGAUUGGGGAUUUGCAUCCAACUUGGAACCUGCUCUAUUACAAUUGCUGAACUUGGGGGACAAGGGUGUUUGUUGGUUUGUCAUCAUUGACGAACAAGCUAUGUAGAGCUUGAUGCUAGGUCUAUUGUUGACGUGGUUGGUGGUGAAGAGAAGAUCCCUUCAUCCCUUCAUCACCUAUGUGCGUCCACCCCUAAUUGCCUUUUGAUGGCUAUCUAUGAAUUUCCUAUCUUUAACAAAAAAAAAAAAAAAAAGCUCUUGCGGAUGCAAUGCAAGUGAUAUUCUGAUUGUGAAAAUUCAUUACUUAUGUCUGCACAACCACCAACAAGAAGAAAAGGCAUGGGAAGAAAUGCAUUGUUUGAAAAUGGGGGGAGAAGUCAGAAUAUAAGAAUUUAGUUGGUCUUUAGAUAAUGAGUCUGACCAGCAUUCAGAAACAUGCAAUAAAAUGUAUACAGUUAGUUGUGAGCAAGGUCAGGAAGCAUGUAAGAGUGAUAAAUGCCAUUAGACAACCUCUAAUUUUAAAAUUUACAAGC